AUGGCGUGCCUCGCGUUUAUCCUACUCCUCGCCUCCCUCUUCUCCGUCGGUGCCUCUGCUUCUGCCCGGUUGGACGCCCCGCCCACUCCCCCUCUGGUCCGCGUCAACUCGAAACACUUCGUCUUCGAGCUGACACUCUCUUCCGAGGACCGCUUCCGGAUCGCCGGGUGGAUGGCGCUCUUCGUGUCGUCCCUCCUCCUAUUCUUCGCGGGUACGACGCUCGCGCUCCGAAAUUACCGGUACAAAACCACGAAGGUUUACCACAAGAAGGCGGCCGCGGCCUACGUCGCCUUCUACGCUGUCCCGGUCACUUUGGGGCUUGUCGGCCUCAUGAACAUUAACAUCACCGAGCCGCGCCAGGGCGUCGUGGUCGCCGCGAUCGUCGCGGUUUCGCUGCUCGGGAAGGGAUCCCUCGUGCUCCAAAUCGAGACCUGGGGCCAGUUAUUGGAACUUUUGGGCUCGUCUACCGGGCACAUUAUUUCCACGUGGGCAGCCGGGAGCGGCGCGGGGCACUGGUCGGGGCACCAGGGCCGGGUCCCGGUUUACGCCUUUCUGGUGGUCGGGUUAAUCGCCGAACUGACCAAUUUCGCGUGGGCUAUCUGGGCGCUCGCCGCGCGGUUCUGGGACCUCGAAACGGACCGGGGGUGUAAAACCACGCUCUGCCGCGCGCUGUGCGCGGGGGUGGUGCAGCCGCUCCCGGUCGUCCUGUUCCACACGGUUUACCACUGGGUUUACAUCGGUUUAACGGCGACCGCGAUCGUGGAUGACCGGGGAACGAACCGAAACCUCCUCAUCGUCGCCGUGAUUAACAUGGGGGUUAUCGUGUGGUUUACUUCGCACCUGGGGGGCCGCCUGCUCCGGCUGCUGCCGGAAUGGGUUCCGGCGAAGGAGGACCGGAAGAUGCAGGAAGCGCGGGAAAGCAGGGCGAUGAACAGGCCGCAUGACGUGGCGCGCAAGGGCGGGCGCAGCGUGGAGCAAUGGCUUCAUCAACGGCUCGGACGUGCGGACGACGGCCUCGACAUCGAUGACGUGCGGACGCUGUCCUGGACGGACGCCACGUGGCUGGCGCGCGAGGUCCUGCCGCUGCGCGCGAUGGAGCUCUUCGAGUUCGACCUCCCGCCGCGCGCGGGGGACCACCUCUGGACGCGCAAGGAGUGGCGCGCACGCGUGCAGGACGCGCUCAUAGCGUAUUGCACCGAGCAGCAAAAGAAGAGCAAGUCGUUGGAGGGCUUAUACGAGGCGCUUCUCACGUGGUGUCACACGGCCAAGAGAGAGAAGCGAGACGUCAACGAGAUGGUACCGCCCGUGGAUCGGUCUUGGCGAGGCAUCGUACGGUCUGGAUUGGGCCACGUCAGCAGGUGUUUUGGUCCAACGUGCGAACAGAGAAAAAGUUCAAGUGCGGCGACUUUCAUUCCUGAAUUCAUCAAAGUGUUUCCUUUGUGGAAUUUCAGGUCCGUUGGCUUCCGAACCGACUCGCAGCCCCAGACCGCUCCCGCACGAGCCCCUUAA